ACCCUACUUGACUGGCUCUGUCUGCUAUUCAAGAAAAUACUUUGUCAGAAUUUAGUUAUUGAUUUGUAUUACACUGUAGAGUGUCUAUUGUACUUGCAGAGUUUAGGUAUCGGAGCAAAGAUGGCCAUUGACGAGUGUCAGUACCAGUUCCGUAUGAGUCGCUGGAACUGCAGCACAUUUGGCAAUACGACUACGAUCUUCGGAGGAGUCCUGUCUGUCAAGAGUCGAGAAGCUGCUUACGUCCAUGCAGUGUCAGCAGCUGGGAUAGCGUACACAGUGACGCGUGCGUGUUCUCGUGGAGAGCUAAACGAAUGCAGCUGUGACAGCAGAGUGCGCAGUCGCAAACCCAAAGGAAAAUGGCAGUGGGGCGGUUGUUCCGAAGACAUUCAUUUUGGUGAGAAAUUUAGCAGAGACUUUGUAGACUCUCACGAGAAUCGAGACACUGCUGAUGGUCUCAUGAAUUUACAUAAUAAUGAAGCUGGGAGAAGAGUAAGUCAACAAUUGUGA